GGUCCCCUGAAAGACCUCAUAGUCUGCAGUGGUUCCCAAACGUUAUGCCAUCUGUCAAUAGAUCUGAACCUUUAUGGCACAGCUCAUGCAGUACAUGGUCAUUGGAUCUGGAUUAAGCUUCAUUUGGGUUGUUCACUCUCAAUCACUACAUUGGUGAUAGAAGUGGGGUAAUCGCUGAGACUUCCCUGUUUACAUUAAGUUGUGUAUUUGGAACACUUUAUGAGAGAGGAGGAAUAGUGUUACCUCCCUUGGACAGAGGUCUGACCUAUGGCACAGGUAGUAUCUGCAGGGGCACUGGGUCGUGUACUUUAUUUUCCCAAUCAAUGCAAGUGAUUUGGUUUAUUUCUCAUUAGAUUAAUGUAAAUAUUCACUUUAUAAAAAUGAAUCAUUUAUAAAAGAUCUGAUAUAACAAAGAGUUUUAUUUAACCAGGCAAGUCAGUUAAGAACAAAUUCUUAUUUACAAUGGCGACAGGUUUGGACCAAUUGUGCACUGCCCUAUGGGACUCCCAAUCACAGCCAGAUGUGAUGCAGCCUGGAUUCGAACCAGUGACACCUCCUGUCCUAGACCACUGCGCCACUUGGGAGGUCAUGAACAUCUUUGUUUAUAUAUCUCAAAUAAAUCUUUCAAAAUGAUUCAUAAUUCUAAAGUGAAUAUUUACAUGAAUCUAAUGAGAAAUGAACCAAUUGCACAUCAUUGCAAGCCCAAUAGAACAGCAGAGUAUUUAACCUACUAUGAACGUUUUUACAAUACUGCAUGAUGUUCCUCUGCCCAGUUUUAAAAACAAUAACCAAUACCACUGGGGCGACCAGUGGCGCUCUUUCAUGUAGAUCUCCGCUUUAAAUAUUUAAAACUAUUAAUGGGCCAUUUCCACAGUAAAGUUCCACCUUAAAAAGUGUAAUUUAAAUUGGUCCCCACCUCCAGCAACAGGAGGUGUGUCUGCUCUGUUUAGCGGCGUCAUGCCACCAGUGAUGUAUUUAAACCCUUGAUUGCAGACGCUAUGUAUUGGUAAUUGAGAGUUUCGAGAAGCCGCCGGUCGGCCAUAUUGGCACUCUCCAUUAGAGCAGUCAUAGGAAAUCAUGGAAUUCUACCGUAUUUCAAUUAAAUGUUUCAAUGACAAAAUCACAUGUUAUUUAUUUAUUUUUUAUUUUUUUUGUAGUGGGGACAGUAACAGUACUCUGAAAAAAAAAAUGUAUUUGUAUGUUUAGCUCACAUAAUAUAUUUAAAAGUAUGCAUUAAGGUGUCUGUAAUAUAAUAAACGUGUCAAAAACGAAACUUGACGUUAAUAAAUGCAUUUCUAUAGCUUCCAAAAUCUUUUUGAGAACGCAGGAGGAGAACCAAGAUGGCUGCGCGGUGGAAUCAGUAUUCCAAUGUUUUUAUACAUCAUUGCAUGCAUGCCACACAGUUGAGUCCGAAGAAUGAAGGAAUUGGCAGAUGGUGUGCAGAUUUUUUUACACGAGACUGAAAAGUUUUGUUUUGCUUAAUCAUUCAUGCAAAUGUGACCUGACCAUCUGCAGAAAAGUUCCCUUUGGUAGACCAGUCUAUUGGACGUCACUGCUACUGCUCCACGAAGUCGCAUGUCCGGCGAGCACGAGACAGUCCAGAGUCAUGUCGUGUGAGAAGGGCGACGGAGACCCCAUGGAGGAUCCCCUCUUCAUCCUGGAGAGUGGCGAGGUGUACAGGAACCCCACAGAGGUCAAGAUGAGCCAAAUCGUGAUGCCCUGCCACGCCAACCACUGUGGAGAGCUCAGCGUAGGACAGCUGCUCAAGUGGAUGGACUCCACAGCCUGCCUGUCUGCUGAAAGACACGCUGGGUCUCCCUGUAUUACUGCCUCUGUUGACGACAUCCACUUUGAGCACACUAUAGGAGUCGGACAGGUUGUUAACAUCAAGGCAAAAGUGAACAGAGCCUUCACAUCCAGCAUGGAGGUGGGCAUCACGGUAAACUGUGAGGACCUGUUCAGUAGCUGCCAGUGGAACGUGUGCAAUGCCUUUGCCACCUUUGUGGCGCGACGCACCGAGGAGGGGAAGGUGCAGCUGAAGCAGGUGAUUCCACGGACGCAGACCGAGCAGAUGGAGUACAGCAUCGCUGCAGAGAGGAGGAGGAUGAGACUGACUCAUGCUGAGAUCAUCACAGACCUACUGAGCAACAACACAGCUCAACUAGGAGAGUGUCAGGAAUACCAGGGUGCGGUGUCAGCAGAGCGAACACGGGUGGAGAGCGUGGAGUUGGUGCUGCCUCCCCAUGCCAACCACCAGGUCAGCACCUUCGGGGGUCAGAUCAUGGCCUGGAUGGAGAACGUGGCCACCAUCGCAGCAUGUCGUCUGUGUAAUGCUCACCCCACUCUGAGGACCAUAGACAUGUUCCACUUCCGGGGCCCGUCUCACAUCGGUGACCGGCUGGUGCUAAAGGCCAUUGUUAACAAUGCCUUCAAACACAGUAUGGAGGUGGGUGUAUGUGCAGAGGCCUACCAGGGUGCGGGUGCAUUGCGGCACAUCAACAGCGCCUUCAUGACCUUUGAGGUGCUGGACAAGGACAGGAAGCCACGUACAUUACCCCGGAUACGACCCGAACCUGUGGAUGGGAAGAGGCGCUAUCAGGAGGCUAUUGCUAGGAAGAAGAUCCGUCUGGAUAGAAAGUACAUAAUCUCCUGCAAGCAAACGGAGGUUCCUCUGUCUGUGCCCUGGGACAUCAGCAACCAGAUGUAUCUCAGCUACAACAAUGUGUCUGCACUGAAAAUAAUGGCUGCUCGAAGCAACUGGAUGUUAAGCUCUGAGAAAAAUAAGGUCAGCCUGUACACGCUGGAGGAGAACCAGAUACUGUGUUUUAAGGUGGAGACUCAUGUCACUGUUCCUGCUGAACAGGCAUUCCAUCUGCUCUCAGACCUGCGCAGGAGACAUGAGUGGGACAGGCAUUACCAAAAGUGUGAUGUGAUCAUCCAGGCAGAUGAGGAUGACACUAUCUACCGCGUGGCCACUCCGUGUGUCAGUAAGGGGGGGAAGGGCCAGGACUUCAUCCUCCUGGCCUCUAGGAGGAAGCCCUGUGACUCCAGGGACCCGUACCUGAUUGCCCUGCGCUCUGUCACCCUGCCGACCCACCCUGCCACUGAGGACUACACCCGGGGGGAGGUGCUCUGUGCCGGCUUCAGUAUCUGGGAGGAGUCCAACGCUGUCACCAAGAUCUCCUACUACAACCAAGCCACGCCAGGAGUCCUCCCUUACAUCUCCAACGACAUUGCAGGCCUUUCCUCAAGUUUCUACGGCACCUUCCACUCCUGCAACAAGUACCUGGAGGAGAACAGAGACAGCCUGGCCGUCCUGCCCCCCUCUGACCUGUGACCGAAUGGUUUCAUCAUGCUGGCCCAGCACCUCCUACCCUAUCCACCCCUCUCCUCCUUAGGAGAUCUAGGAGAUAGUUCUGGGAUACCCCCCUCUCGACUUCAACUGCCAAGGAAAUCAGGACUUAUGCAUUUCUAAAAUGUGGGAUUUUCAAAUGUGGGAUUAGUCAAAGGACUUUUUGUUGUUACUACUGUUACUGUCUUUGAUGUGAUAUUCCAGUGUACAUUUUCUACACUACAAGUUACUUACUUAUUGCAGUUGUGCUAUGUAUUAAAUGUUGGAUCUUAUCUGGGCAUUAAAACAGUUAGUAGCCCUAUGAACAUGAGAAGUAUGCAAAUUAGUUUGUUAUGCUGCAGUUAGGCUCCCAAGUGGCGCAGCAGUCUGAGGCACUGCAUCUCAGUGCAAGAGGCAUCACUAGAGUCCCUGGUUCGAAUCCAGGAGGUUUCACAUCCGGACGUGAUUGGGAGUCCCAUAGCGCGGCUCAUAAUUGGCCCAGCAUCGUCCGGGUUUGGCUAGGGUAGGUCAACUUUGUAAAUAAGAAUUUGUUCCUAACUGACUUGUCUAGUUAAAUACUCUUAGACUGCCAGAACUUAGCCUGGUCCCAGUUUGGCAUGACAAUGACCAUGGCAAUUACUUGGCUAUACAGCACAAACAUAUCUGGGACCAGGCUAUUUAGACCUAAUCUUUUUAAAAUGUGCAAUACUACGCUCUGUAUUAAAUGUUAGAUCUUAUCUGGGCAUUUAAACAGUUAGUAGCCCUAUGAACAUGAGACAUGCAAAUUGGUUUGUUAUGCUGCAGUUGAGUCUGACAUGCUUGUACAUGUUCUGCCUUGUCUCUAGCUACUGAACUGUGGAUAAAAAAAGCAGACUAGUUCAUGCCUGAGCAUUUAGAUGCAGCUUGUUUUAAAAUACUGGGAGGAUAUUUCCUACCUCAUUGAAUCAUGUUUGUAAUCAACCUUUCAAAUCUGUAGUCAAGAUGUACAUUGACUGUAAUUUUGAUUUGAGAGACUAAUCUCAAAGAGACAAACGGUUAGCUUAAAAAAAAAAAAAAAAAAAAAAAAGAAAACAGAUGUGGACAAUGGCCAAGUAUUUCAACAUGAGUAGACGCCAUGAGGUGAAUGAAUUGCUGUGAUUUCACUCAAACAAUAAACACUAGACCUUG